AUGGAAGAUGGAACAGAGAAACCGAUUGCUUAUGCUUCUCGGACACUUGCUCCAGCCGAAAGGAACUAUUCUCAGGUAGAGAAGGAGGCGCUAGGAAUCGUUUUUGGAGUAAAAAAAUUUCACAAAUAUCUCUAUGGGCGCAAGUUUUCUCUACUUACCGAUCAUACCGCGUUGACAACAAUUUUCGGUCCUACCAGGGGGAUACCUACCUUAGCCGCGUCACGUUUGCAGCGAUGGGCUAUACUCCUAUCGGGUUACCAAUAUGACAUAAAAUAUCGGAAAUCGUCUGCGCAUGGCAAUUGUGAUGGGUUGUCACGGUUACCUGUAACCAGUAGCGAGGUUGAAAGUACAGAUGACUUAGUAUCUUUCAUUGAGGAACUUCCGGUUGAGGCAAGAGUGAUUGCUGACGCAACUCGAAAAUGUCCAAUUCUGAGUAAGGUCAUUGACUUUGUAUUAAGUGGGUGGCCAAAACAUAACGACGAUCCCAAAAUACGACCAUAUUUUAGCAAACGGUUUGAACUUGGUGUUGACCGUGGUGUGCUACUAUGGGGUCUACGUGUUAUAAUUCCAGAGACUCUGCGGAAUACUAUUCUUUCAGAACUUCAUGAUCAACAUCUUGGAGUAAACAGAAUGAAAUCGCUGGCUCGCGGUUAUGUCUGGUGGCCUAACUUGGACUCUGAACUUGAACACCUUGCUGCCACCUGUGGAACCUGUCAGUCGUUGAAAGCACUUCCUGCAGAAGCACCGCUGCAUCCAUGGGUUCGCGCUUCACGCCCUAUGGAACGAAUUCAUAUUGACUUUGCAGACUUUAAGAACCAUUCAUUUUUGAUACUAAUAGAUAACUACAGCAAGUGGUUGGAGGUUAUACCAAUGAAAAGUACCACCAGUGAAAACACUAUAGACAAACUAAGAUCUAUUUUUAGUUACACGGGGUUACCUGAACAACUGGUUUCUGAUAAUGGCCCACAGUUUAGAUCAGUUACAUUCAAGGACUUUGUAAAAACGACAGGCAUUAGACACACUCUUACUCCGCCCUAUCAUCCAUCGUCAAAUGGGCAGGCAGAAAGGGCCGUGCAAGUAGUUAAAAACGCGUUGAAAGCCAGAAUUAAAGAUAAUGCGAAAAGUGUAAAGUCAGUGAGCUUAACACAUCUCCUUGCUGAUUUCCUGCUGAAAUAUAGAAUUACACCACAUACUACCACCGGUAUCGCUCCAUGUGAACUGUUCAUGAAUCGUCAGUUACGCACGAGAUUGAGUUUAGUGAAACCAUCUAAGGACAGCAAAGUGAAGGACAGUCAAAUGAAAAUGAAAGCUGUUCAUGACAAGUCAACUAAAAUGCGAACAUUUGAAAAGGGCGAUCAAGUGGCAGUUAAAAGCACAAUUCAAGGGGGAAAAUGGGAGUGGCGGCCAGGCGUUAUUCAUAAGGUACUUGGAGCAGUUUCGUAUCUGGUGAAAUGUAACAACCGAAUUCGAUACUGUCAUAUUGAUCAUUUGGUUACCCGGCAUGCAGAGUUGCCAUUCAGUGAGACUUGUUCUGUGCCAUCAAAUGACUUAGUGGCUCCGGACGUUCAUGAUAAUCAUAAGUCCGUACUUUCCGAAUGUUCUAUUCCUACGACUGAAACUCCUGUGGAAGUCUCCUCUUUACCACCUGGACCAGUAUCUCUGCCAGGAGAACCUUCGAACCCACCAUCUCCGUCUGUGCCAUCUACUGAAAGUACUGAUUCUAGUCCAGUGAAUGAAAGACCGAAACGUACAAUCAAAACACCAAGGAAAUUGAAAGACUAUGUGUGGGAAAAAACGCUAGUGCAUACACAGUGUAAGGGCCAUAAUAAUGCCCGUGGUGCACAACAGAACCUUGGUUCUGUAUAUCUGUCAUUCACAAAUUUGGAUGUAUAUAAAACUUAUAUGCAAAAGAUUCAAUCAUAA